AAGUUGAUUUUCCCAUAUCAAUUGCUAUGAGAAAUGUUUUUUUCAACACAUUGUCAAAGAAAAACACAAGGAACAUAAGAAAUCAUUGGAAGUUAUGUAAUAUCCAUGGUCAGUUCUAACACUAAAAACAGAGGUUAACACGAAAACAGAGUUCCACACUAAAACAGAUAGUCAAAUUAUUUUGCAUAAUUGUUAUACUAUAAUGUCUUUCAUUCUUUUGUUAUUAAUUCUAGGUUUGCUUUACUUUUCGAGGACGCUGAAUAUUCGAAUCUUUCAAAUCGAACAUUCCAAAAAAAGACGCGAUUCUGACGGCUAAUGUCAUCAUUGGCCAACCAGUCUUCUCUGUUUGUCUUCCAUGUUUCUCUCUUACAACAUCAAUCAUUCACCCAAAACACUCUCUUUCUGUCUCUUUCCUCGGAAGAUUUUCCUUCUCCGGUGUCAAAUCGCCGUGGAAGGUGAUUUUUCCGGGAAAGUCUCCGUUUUGUUUCUCCUAAACAGCUCAAAGACUCGUCUCGUCUCCUUCUUGUAAAUGGCGACGACGGUUAUGUCCCUAGCAGAGAAAGUGCUCGAAAGAGUCUACGGAACUUCCAAAUCCGCCGUUUCCGUAGCAGGCGGCGAAAGCGAAAAGACUCACCGUCACACCCAUCAUCACAUUCAUCGUAGCAAAAGCUACGACGACAGCGACGAUGAUGUUUGUUACAGCGACGAGGAUGAAUCAUCAAUGGAGCUUGUCCAGAUCGGUGCUGAGAGGACAAAGAACGUCUUGAUCCUCAUGAGCGACACUGGUGGCGGUCACCGUGCCUCCGCUGAAGCUAUUCGCGACGCUUUCAAGAUCGAAUUUGGAGACAAAUACAGAAUAAUUGUGAAGGAUGUGUGGAAGGAAUACACAGGGUGGCCAUUGAAUGAUAUGGAGAGAUCAUAUAAGUUCAUGGUGAAGCAUGUUCAGCUAUGGAAAGUUGCUUUUCACAGCACAUCUCCCAAAUGGAUCCACUCUUGUUAUCUAGCAGCCAUUGCCGCCUAUUACGCUAAGGAAGUAGAGGCGGGUUUGAUGGAGUAUAAGCCUGAGAUAAUCAUUAGUGUUCAUCCUUUGAUGCAACAUAUUCCAUUGUGGGUUCUCAAAUGGCAAGAGCUACAGAAAAGAGUUCUCUUUGUCACCGUCAUUACUGAUCUCAACACUUGUCAUCCUACUUGGUAUAUAUUAUUAGCUUGGUUUAGUCUUUUAGAGAAGAUGGUAGCUGCAAAGUUUUUUUUUUUUAAUCUUCUGUGGUUUAGGUUUCAUCCGGGGGUGAAUAGGUGCUAUUGUCCGUCUCAAGAAGUGGCGGAAAGGGCGUUGUUUGAUGGGCUCGAUGAGUCUCAAGUCCGUGUUUUUGGUUUACCUGUCAGGCCAUCUUUUGCACGAGCUGUUUUGGUGAAGGAUGAUCUAAGAAAGGAGCUUGAGAUGGAUCAAGAUCUUCGUGCGGUUCUACUGAUGGGAGGAGGGGAAGGUAUGGGUCCUGUGAAAGAAACAGCCAAAGCUCUAGAGGAAUUUUUGUAUGAUAAAGAGAACAGGAAGCCCAUUGGGCAAAUGGUUGUUAUCUGUGGACGUAACAAGAAAUUGGCAUCUGCGUUAGAAGCCAUUGAAUGGAAGAUUCCUGUCAAGGUUCGAGGAUUCGAGACUCAAAUGGAGAAAUGGAUGGGAGCUUGUGACUGCAUCAUCACAAAAGCUGGACCGGGAACAAUUGCUGAAUCGUUGAUCCGAUCACUCCCAAUCAUCCUCAACGAUUACAUUCCCGGACAGGAGAAAGGGAAUGUGCCGUAUGUGGUGGAGAAUGGUGCAGGAGUGUUCACAAGAAGUCCCAAAGAGACAGCUAGAAUCGUUGGGGAAUGGUUUAGCACAAAGACAGAUGAGCUGGAACAAACUUCAGAAAAUGCACGUAAACUAGCUCAGCCUGAGGCAGUCUUCGACAUUGUCAAAGACAUUGAUGAGCUCUCAGAGCAACGAGGUCCUCUUGCUAAUGUCUCUUACACUCUUACCUCUUCUUUUGCCAGUUUAGUUUGAUGUCCGAUGUCUUAUAUUAACAUGUCUCCCUUAGUAGUUCUUUGUCUGUUACUUUUUCUUUUAUUUUCUUUAAUUUGUUUAUUGAUUGAAGUUGUAUGUAUUAUUUUCAAGCAAAAGGUUCAUGAUGUUUUUGCAUUA